GCAUGAUGGGAAGUGAUUUAACCACCCAAUCAGCGUGCAGAGCCCGCCCGGUUGCCUAGCGUUGUGAGCAAGCGGGAAGUAUGGCGGCGACAUCCGUGGCAGUUGCGGGGGUAUCAGCGGCGAGGGCUGAGACGGCUAAGCCAGCCAUGGGCAACAGGGAAGGUUCAUUAAUUAAUUGGUCGGGCCAGGGUUUACAAAAAUUGGGACCCACUGUAUCUUGUGAUGCAGAUCCACAUACUUUGAUUCUGGAUAAAAACCAGCUAAUUAAAUUGGAGCACCUGGAGAACUGCAGAAACUUAAUGCAGUUGUCAGUAGCCAACAAUCGGCUGGUGCGGAUGAUGGGUGUAGCAAAGCUGACUCAGCUUCGAGUAUUAAACUUGCCUCACAACAGUAUUGGUUAUGCAGAGGGAUUGAAGGAUCUGGUGCACUUGGAAUGGCUGAACCUCGCAGGAAAUAACUUGAAGACUGUAGACCAGAUCAGCAGCUGUACCUCUCUUCAACAUCUUGAUUUGUCCGACAACAAUAUAUCCCAGAUAGGAGAUAUCUCCAAGCUUUUAUCUCUAAAGACUCUGUUGCUACAUGGGAAUAUCAUAACGUCAUUACGUACAGCACCUGCUUGCUUACCUCAAAGUCUGGCUAUUCUUUCAUUGGCAGAAAAUGAAAUCAGAGACUUGAAUGAGAUUUCAUUCUUGGCUUCCCUUACUGAGCUGGAGCAAUUGUCAGUUAUGAACAAUCCCUGUGUGAUGGCCACACCUUCCAUCCCAGGAUUUGAUUAUAGGCCAUAUAUCGUCAGUUGGUGUCUCAAUCUUAAAGUCCUUGACGGCUAUGUGAUUUCUCAGAAAGAAAGCUUGAAAGCAGAAUGGCUUUACAGCCAAGGAAAGGGAAGAUCUUUUCGGCCAGGCCAGCACAUUCAGUUAGUACAGUAUCUUGCCAGUGUUUGCCCUCUUACUAGUAUGUUUGGGCUCCAAACUGCAGAGGAUGCCAAACUGGAAAAAAUUCUACAUAAGCAAAGAUUACACCAGAGGCAACUGAUAUACCAAAGCCAGGCUGAUGAGCCAUCUGUAUCCACAACUUUACAUAAAGGGCUGCCUGUUACCAGUGAGCCAAACAGCCCUGUCCAUGGGCCACAAAUCAUGACUGAAAGUGAACCUGUUAUCAAAAAAAAUACAUGGGUUGCAACAAAAUCACAUGAUGAUCAUUCCUAUGCAGUUAAGAAUGUUUUUCCAUCAUCAGUGCAAGCUGAAAGAAGUCUUUCUAAAGAUCUGUAUCUGGAUGACAUACAAACUGAUGAAGACAAGUUGAACAGCAGUCUUCUGUCCUCAGAAUCCACUUUUAUGCCUGUUGCACCAGGAAUGUCUCCAAUGUCUCCUACUACUGCAGAAUUGAGACUUCACAGAAUCAGUAUUGAGACAGAACAUGUGGGGAAUGCUGACUUUGAAUUUAUGAAAGAGCUUAACAAGCAAGAAAUGCAGAAAACUACUUCUAUGGGGCUUAGAGAGGGUUCCAUCAAAUCAGCAGAGGUUGUGGAAACUCAAAAGGAAGAUCAAGAGGAAGGAAUAUUGUCCACUUCUAGUUUGUCAGUAACCACCAUUACUCUACCUGCUUGCAUUAACAGUUGUGAAAUAUCCUCUGAAGACCAUGUUGAGUACAGUGACCUCAAGCAAUCACAUACUCCUGAAGAGAAUGUAAUUAAAAGUUUUCUCCCUGCCAAAUCUCCAGAAGAACUGCCUGCUGAUGCAACCUUUACUCUAUUCCAAAAGGAAGAUAUGCUUCAAGAAAUGAACAGAGCAGCCACCAAGCUUCAAGCCUGUUGGAGAGGAUUUUACACAAGGAACCACCAUCCCAGAGCCAAGGAAGUGCGUUAUGAAAUUAGACUUUGUAGAAUGCAGGAACAUAUUAUGCAUUUAACUGAAGAAGUAAACAAAUUAAGAAAAGAAAAAGAUGAAGAGAUGCUUCAAAGAGUUGUGCAAGAGGAAGCAGUCAAAUUCCUUUGGAAUGAGGUUAGACGUAUCCAGGAGUGGCAACUUUCAGUGAACCCACAUCUAUGUACUAUCUGGCAACAUGAUAUUCCUGCAUCAAGCAUUUUGGGUCCCUCCAAGCUCAAUAUGGAGCCACUUGGACUAAAUCAAGUACCUUCUCCUGUUGAUAGCUCAACCUGGUUUGUUUCAGCUGCUGAGGCUUGUCAUCAGAAAUAUUUACCAAAAUUUCCUGACUCAGGCUUCCAUUCCUGUGUGACUGACCAGAACUGCCUUAAUGACUCUCAGUGCUGUGAAGAAAAUGUAGCAAAAGCAAAUGGUGAGACCUCUUUAGAGAAUUCUUUGGAAACAGUCAAACCAUGUGAAGAUUCUCUUUCAGGGGGCCCUUCAGAAGCUGAAGAGAUCCAACUGGACCACGUGGAAUGUUGUAAAGAGAGUUUCAACAGUGAGCAAGACAAUAGUCUUCUCCAGCAGUAUUUAAAAUCAGUUGAGCAGCUAGAUAAUGCUGAUGACAAGAAAAGUGGCAGCAAUGGGGCAGAAAGUAGUAGGCCCAAUACAGCUGUCUCAGAAGAUCAGGAUAUGCUGUGCAGUGCUAUGUCGGGCUCCCAGGAGGAGAUUGCAUCAGCACAAGAUAGAAAUGGCCAUCCAGAAAUAUGCAACUUGAAUGCAGAAAUGGCAGAAGGAAAACAAACAGAUGGUGACUCUUCAUUCCAGGCACUUCCUGUUAGCAUAACUGUGUAGCAGGUAUGCAGUUAGAAAAGCCACUAACACUUUUUGUUAUUUGUACAAGUUUUUAAUACAUUUUUGGAGACUUGUGCUCCUGUGCUGUUAAAGCAGCUUUAGAUUGUGAACAGUUUUGCUAAUAAUCUAAUCUCUGUCCGACCCUGUGUUAAACCGUAGCAAGCAAGUUUCACUAUGAUGGACACAAUGCAGUUAUUUUUUUAUGUGAUCUGAACAGGUUUUUAUAAAAUAUAAUUUUGAAGAUUC